AUGGCGCACAUCUACGACCUUGCGCCUCAACUCGUGGAGUCGUACAGAUCAGGCGUCAAGAGCAAUCCACUCCCCGUCAAGUUCCCUGACACGCCUGUCUUCCAGGGCUUCAACAAACCCUCGCGCAUUGAAGGCGACGUCUUCGACCUUGAAUACAGCGGCACAAUCCCGCCCGAAAUCAAUGGCACAUUCUACCGUGUUCAGCCGGACCACCGCUUUCCACCCAUCUUUGAAGAUGACAUUCAUUUCAACGGCGACGGCAGCGUGACAGCAAUCCGUAUAAAAGAUGGACAUGCGGAUUUCAAGCAACGAUACGUGCAAACCGAUCGGUAUAAGCACGAAACCUCCGCCAAACGGGCACUAUUCGGCCGGUACAGGAACCCAUUCACAGAUAACGAGACCGUGAAAGGCGUCGUAAGGACGGCAGCGAACACCAACAUUACAUUCUGGCGAGGCGUGUUGCUGGCGAGUAAGGAGGAUGGUCCGCCAUAUAUCAUGGACCCGGUGACGCUGGAGACGAUCGGACGGUAUGAUUUUGAAGGACAGAUCCUCACGCCGACAUUUACUGCACAUCCCAAGUUCGACCCCAAGACGGGUGAGAUGCUUUGCUUUGCGUACGAGGCAGGCGGGGAUGGCCACGAUGGGAGUAACGAUGUCGUGGUAUGGACGAUCGACAAGGAUGGCAAGAAGACCGAGGAAUGCUGGUACAAGGCGCCAUUCUGCGGGAUGAUCCACGACUGUGGUGUCAGUGACAAUUACAUGGUUCUGCCAUUGACGCCAAUCAAAUGGACGGGAAUGGAUUCGGUGAAAAGCGGCAAGAAUCAUUGGGCCUGGGAUCCUGAUGAGGACCAGUGGUACGGCGUCGUGCCGAGACGGGGCGGCAAGCCGGAGGAUAUCAGGUGGUUCCGGGCAGACAAUGCCUUCCACGGCCACAUCGCCGGCUGCUACGAGAACUCUGACGGCCACAUCGUGUUCGACCUCACAGUUGCCGAUGGGAACGUAUUCUUCUUCUUCCCGCCGCUCGAAGAAAAGGAAGGACCACUUGCCAAACGCAAUCAGCUACAAAGCCCGACCACGCGGUGGAUAUUCGAUCCCAAGGCUGAGUCAUAUACGAGAGUCACUCCCGCCGAGACGUGGAUGACGAACGGCGAGUUCUCGCGCAUCGACGACCGAUGGGUAACGAAGAAGUACAAUCAUUUCUGGCAGGCGAAGGUCGACCCGACCAAGCCGUACGAUUUUGCGAAAUGCGGUUCACCGGCUGGCGGGUUGUUCAACUGCAUCGGCCACUACAGCUGGGACGAUAGGAAAGAGGACGUCUACUUUGCAGGCCCCACAGCGACGUUCCAGGAACCGAGCUUUAUCCCCAAAGACGGCGGCGGUGAAGGCGAAGGCUAUAUCGUUGCUCUUCUGAACCACCUUGACGUACUGCGGAACGACGUCGUCAUUCUAGAUGCCCUCAAUGUGGCGAAGGGACCCGUGGCUGUGAUUCACCUCCCCUUCAAGUUGAGGUUGGGCUUACACGGCAACUUUGUCGACGAACGCGAUAUCGUCGACUGGCAGAAGAGGAGAUCCGAGUCCGGUGACAUCGGGCCUGCCCAGCCUGCCAAGGAGCUUUUGCCCUGGCAGAUUGAGAAACAACGGCAGAAUGGGCAGAACGGGGUUAACGGCGCGGCGUCCAAUGGAGUGAAUGGUAUCGGUAGUCACUGA